AUGGACGAAGGUCGGAUUUUACACGUUCGAGCUAUCGGUAGAAAGAUAUCCAAGCAAGAAUUAAUGAUAUAUUUCCAAUCACGUAAACAAUCCGGAGGUGGAGAUAUCAGCUCGGUGGACUUGAGGGAAGGCGAUGCGGUCAUAACAUUUGAAGAAAGCGAUGGUGAGUUUGAAUUUCCCUCUGUUUCAUUCUCUCAGCCUAUGAAUUCAACCACAACUGUAAUUAGUAAUUAGUAUUCUGUUUAAAGAAGUGCGGAUUAAAUGUAGGUCACUCGAAUUUCAUGAUUUCAUGCCUGUUCUUUCGAGUGCGAAACUUCCGCUCUUCCCUUCAAAUGUUUCCAGAUUUCGCCGAAUUCAGAUCUUUAAAACAGCGGCUCAAACAUGCAUCAUAAAAACAACUUUAGGGGAGGGCAAGGAAAACGUAACAUUCAUGAUAUGAUUAUAAUGAUUAUAACAAAAUCCAAAGCAUAAGUAUAUCCUGACAAAGGGUCAUGCGUGACUGGCUUAUUCAUUUCCAAACACUUGCGCUCUUCUUUAAUUAUUAUUGAGAUGUCGGCCAUGUGUGUUUUAACUUUACAUGAAAUAUUAAUGAUCAUAAUGAAAGUUUCGCAAGAAUCAUCCAUGAAUAUUGCAAAGGGAAUAUUCUAGUGUUAAAAAUCCAAUUUAUUUCAAACUGAUUUUCCCACUAAGCUCUUUUUGUGACUCUCUCUUUCAUGGACACGUAUACAAUCACUUCCCCGGUUUUUCCUAAUUCUUUCAUCCAUUUAUUCCACGCAUACUCAUCCUUGUUCUAACCACUGGCCGUUCAUUUCCAUAAAAACAUUCAAUGAUCCGUUCAUCUCUUUCAUAAACCAUAUUCAAUUUCGGCAUGAAAGUUUAACACAAAUAAAAAUAGUCUGAUUUUUGCUUGAUGUAUUCUUGUUCAGUGUGUUAAGUUAUUUAUUGCCUUUUUAUUUUUUCUUAUUUGUUUUGCAGUUGCAAAGAGUGUCGUAAGAAGAGCGCCACAUACCUUAGAUGGAACUAAAGUGGAAGUUUCAUAUCGUGCAUUUGAUGAAGAGUUCCACGCAAAGGACACAUCAGUUAAUCAGGUCAGACCUUCGGGUGAACCUUUCAGGAGUUCACUGAUUUUAAUCUCGGGAAAAAGCAUCGCUAAGUCGAUGAGUCCUUGAUUCACUUGUAUAUGACGAUGCUUCGAUUUCUUAAAUCAUAUUUAAUGUUUCCAAUAGAUUUUCCCUUGUAAAUUAAACAUCAAAUAGUGUUUUGGUGGUUUAAUUAAAGCCGGUAAACUAAAACCUCUGGUCACUAUGAAGACCAUAAACACUGCCUAUGGUGCCUCUUACCUUCAUCUGUUUAAUGUCUGGGUUUCGCUAUUCGCCCCCACUCUCUUCCCCCCCCUCCUCCUCCCCCCAUUCAUUUGAUUUUCUCAAGCAAUUUUUCUUUGGUCACACUUAUCUCUCGUGCUCUUGCAGACCUGUGUUAUUAUCGUUCGAGGACUUCCUCAAAGUACAACCGAGGAUACUGUUUUGAAUUACUUUGAGAACACAAGGCGUUCGGGGGGUGGCGCCGUAGAGGAAGUGAAAAUCGAAGGCAGUGUAGCACGAGUGAAGUUUGAGUCAUCUGAGGGUAACUUAGUUAUAAUGUUCAUCAUCAUAAAGUCAGGCGAUGAACUCAUCUCAAGAGAUCAAUUGUGUAAUUUCGUAACAAAGAGCCGACUAAAAUUUGCCUUACUUUAAACAUAUGUCUUUCUGGAUCAGUUAGAAGACUGCCUUCUUGAAAGCUUGUUUUUUCUGCUAUUUGAUUAUUUUCGAGGAUCACUUCGUAACUUGUUUAUCAUGCAGUAAGGUUUAAGUGCUGGAAAAAAUGAUACGGUGAGAUUUUUGGGUGACGUUUCGUCCCCUUUUUACCCAUGAUAGACUCAUACGACCAUGAUCAGAUGACUAGAGGAAAUGUUUUAAGCUAAGUUAUAGAAUGUAUGCUUUGCUCUCUCUGAGAUUUGUUUUCUUUGACACUGUCUGAGGUUUUCUUUUUAAAACAAAGAGCAAUUGUUGUCGCUGUUGGAUCAAGAUCUGUAUUCUUCGAUUUUCUCUACACUUACUUCAUUUCGUAUCCUCUUUAGUGGCACAACAUGUUGUCAAGUAUGACAAGCAGCAUAUCCUGAAUGGUGCUACUCUUGAUGUCAGUCUAGAAUUACUUGAUGAUGCGGAAAGUACAAGCAAAACUAUCAAGAUAACUGGCGUCGCUGCAAAGACCACAGAAGAUUCAAUUUCCAACUACUUUGAAAACGAGAGGCGUUCUGGGGGUGGAGAGGUAGAGGCUGUGGAUCUCCGACCUGAAGAAAAUGUAGCUUUCGUGACAUUCAAAGAUGUUGAUGGUAAAUAAUUUGGUUUAGGGUGACUUUCAUUUUGAAUUCUUAUAAGGACUCCUACUGUCAAGAAAAGAAACCAUCCUGCAGAAAUAUGUCGGAUAUUGAGAAAAAUUAUUUCUCGGUAACAUUACAUUUUUUACUAUUUAACUCCCAUGAGUAAGUGACCGAGACAGAAUUUCUCCUUACAAUAUCAAUACAAUACUAAGAAUAAAGAAAAUCAUCAAUGAGGGGAUAUUUAUUUAUUAGUUGAUCCAAUGCCGAAUUCCAAGAGAUAACAUCGUAACAAUUGUAUGGCAGACAGUAAAGAGAAUUACUAAUAAGAUCUUGUGAAUGAAAGGGUCAGAGAACCUGCUGAGCCUCUUUAUGUUAAUUUUUUUUUUCUUCAUCAUUUUGUAUUCCAAAGAGUGGAUCAUUAACAGUAAAAGGAUUCUUUAUUUUUUGUUUCUCCCACAAUGAUAAUCAUUUGUUGCAUUUCAAGCUGUAAAAAGUGUGUUACAACAUGGUCAGCACAUUCUCGAUGGAGCCACACUGAGUCUCAUGCCCAGCAACACAGCAACUGACUCGCUUGACAAAGUAAGAAUACAAGAAUCACGAACAAUAGAAGUUACUGGACUUGCUCCGAAAACAACUGAAGAUGCAAUUUUGAACUUUUUCGAAAACAAACGGCGCACUGGGGGAGGAGAGAUAGAACGCGUCAAUUUUAUUCCAGACCGAGGGGUUGCUUUUAUCACCUUCGCUGAGGCCGAAAGUGAGUACGAGCAAAUUUAAGUGUUUGAACUUAACAUAUCAAAAAUUUCUGUUUUAUAAUGAUAAACUUUUGGUACUUUCCAAGCUGUAAAAAGUGUCUUGGGACACAGUGAGCAUACUCUUGAUGGAGCCACACUGACUGUCACACCUCGUAGCACAGCCGUUGAACCAUGCAACGAGAAAGAAGCACAAGAGUCACGUACCAUUGAGGUGACUGGACUUGCUGCGACAACAACCAAAGACGCUAUUUCGAAUUUUUUCGAAAACAAACGGCGUUCCGGGGGAGGAGAGAUAGAGAGCGUAGAUUUUAAUUCAGACCAAGCAACGGCUGUCAUUACCUUUACCAAAGCCGAAAGUAAGUCUACAGUAAAUGUCAUACACCUGUCUGUUACCUUAAUGCCGUGUACCAGUCAUGCGUGGCUUCACUUCAUUAUACCUACAUCAAGAGGGAUCCUCUCUUAACUUCCAUAGCAAAGGACCACGAGAAAUAGCACCAUUUUACAGUGAUUUUAAAGGAUUUCAAUUGAACUAGCCGUCUCCGUUUUUCUUUUUCGCGCCCAAUCAAACCGAACGGGCUGACGGCUUGUCCAAGUUAGGAUCGAAAACUGACAAACAGAAAUUGAACUGGUGGUAAUUAUUUCCGUAAAUGUAUGAUAUGUAGUUAUUAUCCAAUACUGUUGCACAAGUUUUUUGCCUUGUUUCAUUUGUUUGUGUGUUUGCCUGUUUGACGAAAAUCGUUUGAUCUUUCUUCUUACCUGAAGGUGCUCGUGGAGUCAUCAAUAAAGGAAGUCUUGUUUACGAUGGAGUGAAUCUCUUGAUUACUCUCAAACAACCCGCACGGAAACUUCCCGUGGACACGAGAAGACUCUUUGUGCAAGGCCUUAGUGAUAAAACUACCUCAGACGCUCUUCAAUCUUACAUGGAAGUAGUAAGUGGAGUGGAUGUCCUGAAUGCUGAGUUUGGAAAUGAAACAUGUGCAAUAGUUACCUUCAAUGAAGACUAUGGUAAGUUCACAUUACUAGCAAACUAACACAACUGACAACAGGAAGGGAUAAAUUGCCGUAUUUCUUAGAAUAAGCGCGCACGCUGCGGUUAGUGCCCUCCCUCCAAACAAGCGCCCAUCCCCGAGGCCAUAAUAUCAAACAAGCGCCACCGCGAAUAGCCGCCCCUUCUCCUCCCCCCUCACUUUCUAAAUAUGUGUCGAUGCAAAGAAAACCUGUUUCCAUUGCCACUUCAUUUGAGCUUCAACUACAGCAGAAUCAGUACUUGUAAAUAGUUUAUUAAUAGGUGCACUCCACCUGGAUUAUGCACCCUCCUUAUAGAUAAUAAGCGUUCUAUGAAUUUGUUAAGAAAUACGGUAUCCUAAUUUAGUAGAAGUGGAAUAUGCAUAGCGUUUACAUUGUUGUCCCCGAGCGUAACGUAAACAUUGUUUCUUUUUUUAAAUAUUUUUCAUUGAGUGUUAACCCUUUGUAGCCGGUGAAUUUUUAAGGUUCUCGAGCUCAUUGUUACGGCUUUAGUUUUAUCAAAUAGGCUCGGUUAAAAUAUUCUACUCCCGUUUUAUAAGAGGAAAUUACUCCACUAAUACACGAUCAUUCGAUGAAAGUGAUAUAUAAUCUGAUGUGUAAUUUUGAAUUUUUGAAAUAACAGCCCGACUACUCUUAUAGCCCUUGUGUACUCCUAAGAUGCUUCAAAUCUAGUUCUAUGUUUCGUUUUGAAAUAGUCUAAAGCUUUUUGCUCUUAAUAUUUAUAUAUCGUUUUCUUCCGAAAAUAUAUAGAUUACAAAGCUGUUACAAAGAUGAUCUCCAGGAAGCCACUGGAGGGCAAAAUCCCAGUAGUAGAGCAACUUCCAGUUUGUCACUGCGUGCAAGUAUCGGGUUUUAGCAAGGAAACAACUACUGAGGAUACUGUACGCUAUUACUUCGAGAGUCCAAAGAACAACGGUGGUGAAGUAAGCAGUGUGGAGCUCAAUCUAAAGGAAGGAUGGGCGUUGGUUUACUUCGAAGACCCAAAAGGUGUGUAACAUAACUUACCGUAUUAAAAAGAGGGAUUAAAAAGAGAGUCAGUUACUUUCCCUUUGGUCUGAAAGAAAAUGUCCCGAUUAUCCUUGUCAGAAGUAUCAAGAAACGCCUAAUUUUCAGUCCAAAGAAGACACCAUUCUUCAUGAGAUAACGAGUUGUGUACGCAAUCUACAUGAUCUCUGUUGUGGUUCUACCUAUCCACUAGAAAUACGACUAAAAUCGAGUCCUACAUUUUCAACAGGAACUACUCUGUGAAGCUUAGCUUUUUUUAGCUUAAAGACAGGUUCAGAUGGUUGUAAAUUAUAAAGUACACAGCAAUGAAGAACUAGGGUCCACAACGAAUUCAUUUAGCAGUAGCCCUUCCCUGUCUUUUCUGAUAGCCUUAAAAUAUUUUGAAUAUGUAUUUCAGCUGUUUUAAAUGUCGUGGUGAGGAGUCACUCCAUAGGCGAUGCACAAUUGGAUGUCAGGCCAUAUCACUCUUUACUUGGAAAACCUCAGCCAGUUAAAGCUGAUGUUGAACUGGUGCAAAAUAUCACUGUAGAUGUAGUUAAAAUGCAGUUCAUUUUUGAACACUGCAAAGCUGAUCUGAAAGAAGUUCAAAACAGGUAUGGUGUUCAGAUAAUCUGGAUAGAAAGCACCAACAGCGUCACAGUCACACCCAAAGAUGAGGCCUCAAGAGAUAAGUGCAGCUUCGAUGAGGCAUGUGAGGCUAUUGCUUCUCUCCUCGCUGAGUUUGUUAAAAGCUCUACGCGUGUUCCUCCGCAGGCUUGGAAUUAUGUAGUUGAAAACUUCAAGAAAAGUAAAAGUCCAGCGAAUGAAAAGCUAAGAAUUGAUUACAUCUCUGAGCAGCACGUCAUCCUUUUCGUUGGGAAGAAGCAAGAUGUCGAGGAUAUUGCCGAAGAAUUGGAAGAAAUGAUGGAAGAGAUUGACAAAAAGCUGAGGAGAGAGGCAUCGAAAAUAGAAAAAACAAUGUCUAUUCCAUAUAUGCGCUUGAAGUUCUUAAAAAAUCUCGAAUUUGCUAAGGAACUGGAAAGUCGACAUGAAGAAAUUGAAGUCACCAUUCUACUUCAAAAGGGAAAGGUUGAAAUUCGAAGUCCUCCUGAAAUCAUCCAUAAGGUGAGUGCAGCUAUUUGGGAGGCAGUUGCCAAAAUGUCAGAAGUGAAGCUAAACUUACCACAGAAUGCUGUCGCCUUGCUUAGAAGUACACCCUGUCAGGCAUUCAUAAGAGAUAUGUUCACGGCCAACAAUUUACAAGCCAUGAUAGCCUUUGACGAGAAAAACGGAGAUUUAUCGGUAAUGGGGACGGAAAUUGAUGUCGCAGAGAAAGCUCACGAUUUAGUGAAAACUUUGAUAGUUGAGGAAUGCGUUGACCUGGAUGAAGAUCAAGUUCAGUUAGAGAAAAAUGGAAAGUGGCAUCAGCUGAAAAAAGAAAUAACAGAAAAACGCAUUUUAACACUGUCAUUUGAUAGAAGCAAUAAGAAGAUUUACCUCGUGGGCGUAAAGGAGGAUGUUUCGGUUGCUGUUAAGGCUGUCAAGCGUUUCCUCACAGAAAAUACCAUUAUCAGUAGCGUUGUGACACUUCCAAAAGGUUGUCGCCGAUUUCUUGUGAAGUACCGCGAACAGGAACUUCAGCAAAUACAAGAGGAACUGAAAGAAUAUUCCACGCAAAUAAAGGGUUUGGCAGAUGAAGAUGAAGAGCAUUUGGUUGUCUCAGGUACUAGCUGUGGAGUUGACAAUGCUAAGGAACUGAUUCAAGAUCUGGCAUCUAAAGUUCAAAGUCAAAAGAUGCCUGUCAGCAAACCUGGGAUGAGUAAAGUGCUUGAUCGAGGCAAAGGAAAAAAAUUACUGGGCAUGUUAGAGAAUGAAAAUAAGUGCGUAAUUGAAUACUUUAAACCAAGCAAAGAUGACGCAAAGGAAGUGACAAAAGAAAAGAAAGCAGAAAAGAAGAAGGAGAGUUUGUGCAACCUUCUUACCCCGGACGGAAAAAGGAUUCUGGUGUUCAAAGAUAACAUCUGCGAUCGCAACGUGGAUGUGAUUGUUAAUGCUGCUAACUCAAAGCUUCAUCACGUGGGUGGUGUCUCAAAAGCCAUUUAUGACAGAGCGGGAGAGGCCUUCAAGGCAGAGUGUGAUCGAUUUGUCAUUGAUACAGGACCAAUAUUGGACGGCCAAGUGGCUGUCACGUCUGCAGGAAAACUACCUUUUCAAAAAGUAAUUCAUGCUGUGGGGCCACAAUGGGAGAAAAAAGCAGCACAGGAAAAAUUGAUGGGGAAAACUCCAAGAGAAGAGAAGAUUUUAAGCUAUGCGGUAAAGAAUGCACUGGACGCUGCGAAAGGCUAUAACUCAGUAGCCAUUCCUGCUAUUGGCACAGGCGUUUUUGAAUUUCCACGUGAACUGUGCGCCCAAAUUAUGGUAGAAUCUGUGCUUGCUUUUUUUCGAGAAAACCCGAGUUGUCUCCUGUCCGAGGUUCAGUUUACCAGUAUCGAGGAUGGUGUCGUAAAGGCCAUAGCAAAUGAGAUGGAUUCUAAAUUUCUCAACGAUCCCAAUUAUAAAUCGUUUGCAGGCCCUAAAAGGAAAGAAAAAGAGAAAGGAAGAGCUUCAUCAAUCCUAGAUAUUUCCUCAGCAACAGUUUCUUCUAAUACCGCUCCAAAUGUUAUGAAAACCGCUGAAGGUCUAGAAUUGGUUCUUGUCAUUGGUGAUAUGACAAGUGAAAAAGUAAGUCACAUUAUAUUCUUCGAAUAAGAGUGAUUCCACGUUCAAUUUUAUCAAGAAAAAACCCGAUUACAUGUGAUUAUAGUUGGUCUCAAACAUAUCCAAAUGAAUCAAGCAUCCUUAGGGUAUGCUCCUGCAUAAAGCUUUUACUAGGCCGCUUAAAACAGCCCGUAACCAUCCAGCUUGGCUUAUGGAUAAAAUUUAGACAAGUUGUCGAUGAACUGAAUUUGAUAUCUUGUUGGCUUUCUUCAGGUUGAUAUUAUCGUCAACUCAACCUCGACGGAUCUGGAUCUAAGUAAGAACGCAAGUGCAAUGGCCCUGAGUGCCGCUGCUGGUCCCAAGCUACAACAAGAGUGUAAACUGAUUGGCAAGGUAGAUACUGGGGAGAUUGUGGUUACAAGCGGGGCAAAUCUUGCGUGCAAGCACGUUUUCCAUACGUCAUCUGCUGAAUGGGAGAACGGAGCGGGCGAGAAGGUAAGCACGAAUAUCAUCUUUUUUUCUGGUAAUGAAAGAUUUGAUAAGUCAGCUUAUUAUUACCCACUUACCCGCUUACCUUAAUAGAAGAGGCUCCUGACCAUUUAAACAGAUUCUUGUACGGAGUACGGUCCAUUUCCAUUAAUUCCAUAUAAGCUAAGAUUUACAGAGUUGAAAAAUGCACUUUUUGAACGGAAAUAGAGGGAGCUGUAUUGCAAAAACGCCUUCAAACAGUUUCUGAGUUCAUCUAUGCGGAUAUUUCAAGUGCAAAAGAAUUUAACAAAGACACCAUCGUUAUAAUCAUCAGUAAGGUACAAGUAUUUUGAAGAGUAAAUAUCUUAUCUGCAGGUACUCCGGAGUAUCAUAAAGAAAUGUCUUGAAGAAGCUCAAAAGAGGAGUCUCUUAACAAUUUCCAUCCCCGCAAUUGGGACUGGGAACCUCAACUUUCCCCGUGAUUGCGUGGCUGAAGCUUCCUUUGAUGAAGUAUUAUCCUUCAGUAAGAAAAAUCCAAGCAGCACUUUGAAAGAAGUCCAUUUGGUCGUGUAUGAUAAAGAUUUGCAAUCAGUGCAAGCCUUCCAGACCGAACUGCAAAAAAGAGGUGGUGUAGGCUCAACUCCACUGCAGCCACCAGCGGGAACAGUAGAUCCGAAAAGUGGAAAGAAGAAACGUCGAGGUCGGAGCAGUGGUGGCGCCAAACGAUCUAAUGUAGAUACCCUUGAUGAUGUUGACGAUACCUUGGGGGAAGAGCCUGUAAUAUUAAACCCCUCCCAACCCGAAAUAAUUAUUGGCAAUGUUGUUGUUCAAGCUGAGACUGGUAACAUCACAAAAGAAGUAACUGAUGCAAUCGCGACCUUAUCGAACAGCGAGCUCGAUGUUGCAAUGGGGGGUGGUGUAGGAAAGGCUAUCCUAGCUGCUGGAGGAUCAACUAUUCAAGCAGAAUGCUCAGCUAUGGGGUCCCAGAAGCCAGGCUCUGUGGUGGUUUCUAGCGCCGGAAAGCUUCAAGUGAGAAAAAUUUACCACAUGGUUCCAGAUUAUGGCAUGAGCAUGCGUUCUAUAAGUGACUGCAUUUUGACGUGUUUGCGAAAAGCUGAGUCGGAUGGAUUGACCUCGAUUUCAUUUCCAGCUGUUGGAACAGGGAACAUCAAUAAAGAUGCCAAAGAGGCUGCAGAGGGGAUGAUGGCUGCUAUUUUCAAGUUUGCUCGAGAGGAACCUGCAUUCAUUGCUCUAAUUCGCAUUGUAAUCUAUCAGCCCCACAUGUUAACUGUGUUCCAAACUGCAAUGGAAGAGAGCUUGUCUUCUGCGAAAGGUGGGACAGGUUUUCUCUCAAAGCUUGCUGGAUGGUUUGGAUUCGGACGAAGUGGCUCAGCGUCUUCACAUUCUAUGCCAUCGAUGCGCAUGUUUCACGGAAAAGGAAAGCCUUUCAGCUACAUAGAAAUUUUCGCAAGCACCAAGCAAGACAUCGACGAGGUCAUCAAGAAAAUAGAAAAGGAUGUGGCUGAUCACUGCACGCUGAAAGUAAUUGAGCGUGAACCAAUAUGUAACCUUUCAAAGGAGCAAACACAACAAAUAAAGAGAUUGGAAGCUGAAUACGACGUCAAUGUUAACAUCGAGCAGACCAUUAGUCGCAUAUCUGUAAGAGGUGAUGCAGAAGACGUUCUUGAGGUGGCCACUACAAUUUACGAAGUACUCAACCAGAAGAUCGAGGAAGAUCACACGAGAGGUGUUGGUGAGCUUCUUUCCAAAAAUGUACAGUGGUUCUCCUAUGACAGCGAUGAUGAUGAAACCCCAGAGCCCUAUGAGCCCAGUAUUAAUUUGCAGAUCGAAGAAGCCUUUCGCGAGGGAAAAGAUUCCGUUAUUGUAUCAAUCGAUGAUGCAAAAUGCAAAAUUGUUUUCAAGGACAUGAAGGAAACCUGCCUCGACGAUGGAGAAGUGAGAGUCGUCGUUCGAAAAGAGAUUGGGAAAGGUACAGUGCAGCUGAACUGAAAAGUAAUACAUAUUUUACAGUUAUGCACACCUGUAUAUCAAAGUCGUUUUAAAUUCUAUCUCUAUUGUGUAUUGAACUGUGCUAAUUGAUAUGAAUUUCAAGUCAGAUCAAAUCUUUUCAAUCAGGUGUUCCAUUACCCUUGGAGUGGGAUGUGCACCCAAAGGAUGGCUCUGGAAAAGAGAAAGAGGUACACCAAGUGCUAUUAGACCCUAACGCGAGCGAGUACAAAAAGGUAGCAGAAGACGUGCGCAAGACGUGUACUGUUAACAUUAUCAAGAUCGAAAGGGUACAAAACCCUGUCCUGUACCGGCAAUACAUGGUCAGACGGGACCAGAUGGAACAUAAAAAAGGUAGCAAUGAAAAACUACUCUUCCAUGGAACAGCGGGAAGCAGCUGCCCCACCAUCAACAAAUUCGGUUUCAACAGAAGCUACUGUGGCAAAAAUGGUAAUUAUUAAGUUCAUUGUUAUUUUAGAAGUUUAUACCUACAUGAUUUUUUUUCUUCAUUUCCUGUAAAAAAUAACUACUUGGGAUUAAAACAUAAUCUUCCACGACUGACACAUUUCAAGAUAAUCGACUCAGGAGGCCAACUUUUCUCUAUGAAGACGCGAAUAUUACGUCCUUUGUAUCCUCCUUAGCUAGGGUAAUUAGUUUUGGUGAUCACUCGAAUUUGAAAGUUAAAAGAAGAUGUCUUAUUAUCUUGUUCUAGACAUUCAUUGUAAACCUCAGUAGCUUUGAGUUAGCGUUUAAAUAGCAUGGAAUGUUUGAAUGUUAUCGGAAAGAAUAAACAAAAUAAAUUAAAUGCCCGCAAGAAGAAGGACGAUGUUAUUUACCGGUUGCUUUCUUUUUUUUUUAGCCACCGUGUAUGGAAAUGGUGUUUACUUUGCUCGAGAUGCAUCCUAUUCCACGCAAAAGACAUAUUCACCACCUGAUGGGACAGGAAACCGUUACAUGUAUCUUGCACGUGUCCUUGCCGGUGAAUACACGACCGGACGACAGGGAAUGAUUACUCCGCCUCCCAAGGGAAGUGACGCUACCGAUGCUUAUGACACUGUUGUGGAUAACCCUUCAAAUCCAACCAUAUUCGUUGUGUUCUACGAUAACCAGUGUUAUCCAGAUUAUCUUAUUACUUUUAAAUGAGAAAAAAAAGGUCGUUAAAGGACUUUGAAUAACCAGUAUUGUCCCUUUUUCUUUGGAGGUAUAGAGUGCAUUUUUUUUAACUUUGAGAUUGCUUCCAUGGGAGAAGCAGGCAGAAGGUUCAUCAAGCUCAAACCACCGAUGUAGUUCAAACUUAGCAAAAAUAGAGGAUAUUACGAAUCAACAGUAAUGUCAGGUGCUGACUAAAAGUGUUAUAGUUUUAAGAACGAUGCAAAUACAUGUGGGACGACAGAAGGUUUAAGUCUUCUUGAGUACUCUUGGUACUCUAACCCUAACUAACACUGACCUUAGUACCCAUUCCACUGAUAGCGAGCCUAGUUUUCUUUCUUAAAAUGCGUGUCAGUCUGACCUUUUAGUGCCGCCUAAGGUAUGAUCUCCAUAAUCUCUCAAGUAAAUAUGAUAACAUAAGGGGUAUCUCACAAUAGACGGUGGUUCAUAGCUAAUAGUUAAUUAGCUAUUAGGCACUUUCACGUGCAGUUGUCAGUGAACACUCGUGCCAAGUGCAAAGUUAUAUACGUCAAAUAAAGUUUAUUACCAAACCCUC